AUGUCGGACGCUGGCGAAAGCACCCAUAAGCGGUCAAAGUCGGCUGCCGCCCUCUCCCUCCUGCGACGAAAUCACUCCCGCGGCGACGAAGAUCCUUCCAACUCGGAUGACGGGGCGCCGCUGACGUCGCCACCAUCCGCAGUCGCAUCCCAGACCAACAUAUCAAUGGCUCAGAAUCCUCCCCGAGGCAACGCGGCCAACAGGCUCUCCAUCUCCCCUUCCAUGGGCCGAACCCCCUCCCACAACGGCCCACCAUCCGCGACCGCACCCAAUAUGAGCACCGCCAGUGCCGCACUCAGCGAAAAGGGCGUCUCCCUCGAGCAGUCUGUACGCAAGUUUCGCAUCGUCGAGGCCCUGCGCAGCGGUGACACCGCCUCCAUUUCCAAAGCGAUACGCGACACCGCCGAGGGCGGCCCGCGCACGAGCAUCUCCUCCAUCAACACCCUCAGCGGCGGCGGUCUCGACGACACCACCGUCCUCCACCUUGCGAUACAAUGCGCCGAGUAUCAGGUCGUCGAGUACGUCCUGUCUGACGGCGCCGGAACCAUCGACAUUAACGCGAGGGACAAGGAUGGCAAUACCCCGCUGCACGUCGCCGCCAUCCAGGGCCGGACCCAGGUCGUCAAACUCCUGCUUGACCAGAAAGACAUCAACGACGCCGUUGCCAACCACCAGGCCAAGUUGCCCAUCGACGUCGCCCGAAACCCCGAAAUCUUCCAGCUGCUGCAGCUCUCGCGCUCGCUCUUCGCCGAGAACAAGGUCAGGCAAAUCCAGGGCCUGAUUGCCCAGAAUGACUACAAGGCUCUCGAGAGCGUGCUGGAGGAGCCCCGCCUCAAGCAGAUCCUCGACAUCAACAGCACCGAAUUCGCGACCGAGCCCAACACCAUCCAGGCUGGCGGCACUCUCCUCCACGAGGCCGCCCGCAAGAAGAACACCCAGCUGAUCCAGGUCCUCCUUCUGCACGGAGCCGAUCCCUUCCGCCGCGACCGCAAGGGCAAGCUUCCCCAGGACGUCACCAAGGACGACGUCACACGCGCCAUGCUGAAGCGAUCCCCCGCCGCCGUAGCGGCUCAGAGAGGCAUCCAGGAGAAGGCCGUUCUCGGCCAGGCGGCUUCCCAGGGCGCCGGAGCCUCCGCCUCGGGAGACCCCGUUGCUGGACGGGAGGCGCGAGAGAUGAAGGGCUACCUGAAGAAGUGGACGAACUACCGUAAGGGGUACCAGCUCCGGUGGUUCGUUCUCGAGGACGGUGUCCUGAGCUACUACAAGCACCAGGACGACGCCGGCUCCGCCUGCCGCGGAGCCAUCAACACCCGCAUUGCUAAGCUGCACAUGAGCGCCGACGAAAAGACAAAGUUCGAGAUCAUCGGAAAAUCCUCGGUCAAGUACACCCUCAAGGCCAACCACGAAGUCGAGGCAAAGCGCUGGUUCUGGGCCCUGAACAACUCGAUUCAAUGGACAAAGGACCAGGCCAAGGAAGAAGAGCGCCAGAAAGCCCGUGGCGCCGAGCUUCUCAGACAGGCCAAGGCUGAGCAGGCUGGCAAGUCGCCCGAGCUGUCCAUCAACGACGCCUACAGCGAGAGCGCUAGCGUGGCCGACACGAGAAGGAGCAGCGUGCAGGUUCCCAGGUCCAUAUCGCAAGGCAAGAUGUCUGUUCCCAAAAGCGACUUCGCCGGUGCAAGCACCGUCGCUAGCAAUGACGACGAGUUUGCGGACGCCGCGACGGACGCCGGUCAAUCCAGAGCUACCAGAAACGGCCAACAUGCCCCCGACGACGACGACGACGAUGACGACUUUGAGGAUGUCAGCAGUCGCGAGGAGCCUUCCGUUUCCAAGGAUGCAUUCAACAUUACCGCCCAGUCAGCCAAGUUGCAACUCGACACCAUUUCUGCUGUCAAUGCUGCGAUGUUGGCCGAGGCAUCCAAGAACCCCAACACCAUGUUGUCCGACGCCAAGGUUACCCAGGCCCUCACGACUUACGAUGCGGCUGUCAGAAGCUUGACGGGACUCGUCGGGGAUCUGAUGCGCAUCUCCAAGGACCGCGACGCCUUCUGGCAGUAUCGCCUGGACCGCGAGGUUGACAUGCGUCGCAUGUGGGAAGAGAGCAUGGCCAAGGUCGCCAAGGAACAAGAGAUUCUGGAGGAGCGAGUUGAUCAGGCCGAGGCCAAGCGCAAGGCUGCCAAGCGUGCACUUCGCGAGGUCAUGAACGAGUCGCCGGCGGCCGCUAGCCAGAGGGCCGACGGGGACGACAAGGUCGACGGUACGGAGACCGUCGAGGCUGCCGUGGGAGCUGACGACGGCCUCGCGACCCAGCCCAAAUCGCCCAACAGGACCCUGUCGAGGAAGCAGACGGUUCUAGAUCAGCUCGAGCUGUCCGACUCUGAGUCGGAAGAUGAGGAUGAGUUCUUUGACGCAGUGGAUGCCGGAGAGGUCGAAGUCGGCCAGCUGCCACAAUCCGAUGUUGCAGACACACCGCAAAACGAGAAGAAUGAGCAGCAGCUGGUCGUCUCUGGCGAUAUCGACAUCAGCAGUUCCUUCAAGGGUUACGAAAACGGUAUUAGAACGCGCCUCAAGAUGGAUGCCGACGAUCGGCCCAAGAUUUCACUCUGGGGUAUUCUCAAGUCCAUGAUUGGCAAGGACAUGACAAAGAUGACGCUGCCCGUGUCUUUCAAUGAGCCCACGUCACUUCUGUACCGCGCCGGUGAGGACAUGGAAUACGUCGAGCUUUUGGACCAAGCUGCUGAGCGAUCUGAUUCGAUUGAGCGUCUCAUCUACGUGGCGGCCUUUGCCGCCAGUGAGUACGCGUCAACAAUCGGCCGUGUUGCGAAGCCCUUUAACCCCCUGCUCGGAGAAACCUUUGAGUACGUCCGGCCCGACAAGAACUACCGCUUCUUCAUCGAGCAGGUCAGUCACCACCCGCCCGUAGGUGCUGCGUGGGCCGAGUCUCCCAAGUGGACGUACUGGGGUGAGUCGGCUGUCAAGUCCAAGUUCUACGGCAAGUCCUUCGACAUCAACCCCCUCGGUACCUGGUUCCUGCGGCUUCGACCCACGGCUGGAGGCAAGGAAGACUUUUACACGUGGAAGAAGGUCACGUCCUCGGUCAUCGGCAUCAUCACCGGUAACCCGACGGUGGACAACUACGGCCCUAUGGAGGUCAAGAACUGGACGACGGGCGAGGUGUGCCAGGUCGAGUUCCAGCCGCGUGGUUGGAAGGCUUCCAGCGCAUACAAGAUUUCAGGCAAGGUGCUCGACGCCGACGGCAGGGUGCGGUACAGCAUGGGAGGCCGCUGGAACUCGAAGCUGUACGCUCGGCUGACACCCGGAUACGAGGCGACGAUCGAGGACCCCGGCGAUUCGGCGUCGGUCCACAAGGGCAGCAUUACUGACCCCAACAAGGCAUUCCUCAUUUGGCAGGCCAACCCCCGCCCGCCCAACAUCCCCUUUAACCUCACGCCCUUCGUGCUCACUUUCAACCACAUCGACGACAAGCUCAAGCCCUGGCUGCCGCCAACGGACUCGCGUCUCCGUCCGGACCAGCGCGCCAUGGAAGACGGCGAGUACGACUUUGCGGCCGAGGAGAAGAACCGCUUGGAGGAGGCGCAGCGCGCGCGGAGACGGAUGCGCGAGGAGAAGGGUCUCGAGUUCCGGCCGGCGUGGUUCGAGAAGGCGACGUGCGAGGUCACGGGCGAAUCGUACUGGAAGUUCAACGGCAAGUACUGGCAGCAGAGAGAAAAGGCUGGUCCCGAUGGCGACCCACAGCAAGCCUGGGAUGGCCUGGAGCCAAUCUACGAGGACGUGAAAUAG